UUGCAUGCAGUUCGUGCAUAAACAAUGUUACCGCGGCCGGCCCCAUCCACGUUCCAUCCAAGGUCUAAUUCUACCUCCAUGGUCUAGCUGUGAGAGUAUUGACAUUUUAGAUCAAUACUUUCACUCCAACAACAUGUAUUUGUGUGUUCUUUGCUGAUUUCAUCGAUUGUCGUACUUGUAUAAUAAGCUUUCGAAGUCUGAGUGCAACUUGGCUGAACUAUGAAAGGUUGAGUGCACUGUUUGCUGCGAUGCAGUAGCCGCGGUAUCCCUGGUGCAACAGGCCAAUCCAAAGUGCCGAGCUGCAUUAAAAUCCCUGUCAACAAGCCAACGGAGCGGACACGGGUGAGCCGUUGAAUCGUUAGAUGGUUGUGCAAAGACAAACACUUGGGCAGGACGCUCUCUGAUGACCAGAAACCAAGCUCAGCCCAACGAGCCAUUUUCCCUGAUAAAACAUUAAACACCCAGAUCAAACAGCGAGUUGAUAAUGGCACUUCUGAGUCAACACUACGGUGGUAGGGUACCGGGGAUGCUCAUUAAGGCCUACGGUUCCAUGCCAAGUACCAGUAGAAAGACCAGCAUCCCCAGCACCAUGAGCAACACCAGGGGAUGUGAAGUUGCUCCGGACAAUAUUCCCGUCCUGCCGGAGAACUCGGACCACGGGCAAGGGUGCAACCACGUCAUCUAUCACUAUGCGAGCCAGGUGUUCGGCAGUCUACGGCCGGCUAACAAGACGGACAAACUGGUGCUGGAUGUGGACCUGAGAGCAGGGCGGGAACCGCCAAAGUUGACGGCAAUCAAAGACGAACGGGCCAAGAGGAAAGUCUACGAUCUGGCAUUUGACGCACUCAAAUAUCAAGCCUUACUGGAGGAUAUGCUUGUCGACAGCGGUUACUAUGGCUACGACACAGUGCCUGACGAGAACCACGGCGUCAUCGUGGUCAUCCUGUGCGACAUGCUCAACCGCCGCUUUGCCAGGCGCAUCCCCGAAACCAACGAGCCCGUCAUCCCUUACGUUCAGGAAUUUGAGGACGAGCUGUUCGCCUACACCACCAAGCUGAACGCCUCCCUGGCCCGGAACCGGAUCAAGUUCCAGGCGCGGAGCGUGGAGUGUCUCCUGCCGGAGAAAGUCCGUCAGAGGGAGGAAUGCGGCACCAAGAUGCCCAUAUAUGCAUGGGUUAACCAGCUACAGAAUAGUGUUGAGGAGGUAAUGGAGCAACUGACUGAGGAUGGUUAUAAGAAGGUUCCGUCCGUCAAGGCCCUUGCAGAGUACAGCUUUGCCGUGGACUCCCAGUGCCCUAAUGUCCUGGUCUUUGAUGCUCAGAACAGGAACACCCUGGAGGAUAGUUACCUGGUCCGAGGAGGCAAUCUUAUCAUUCAGGAUAAGAGCUGUUGCCUGGGGCCCCACUCCGUCAAAUCCCUCCUGAAUGAAGGUGACGACGUCAUGCACAUCUACACCGGGUCUGGCUGGACCACGUCCCAUCUGGCGACACUGACCAAUCAGGAACUCUGCACCGUCUACGCGUUUGGGGUCAAAAACGAAGAGCAUAGCGAGCAGUUGAUGGCCAAUGCGAAGAAGCUGGGCAUACACAACGUGAAGUUUCUCCAGGACAACUUUUUUGAGGUCCAGCAUCUGGACAACCGCUUCAAGAAUGUCAAGGUGGUGCUGGUGACCCCGCAGGACUCCAGGUCGGGGGUCACGAACCCUGUGGAAUACAUUAUUCAUGAGGGGGCCGAUGCCAGUAUAUUGAGAGAGUUGUCUCAGGAGCAAGUGGAUAAUGACAAGAUCGACGUGCUAGUGUCUAAACAUAUGGAGCUACUCAAGCAUGCUAUGAAAUUUCCCCGUGUCCAAGCCGUGGUCUACACCACCAACUCCAUCUUCCAGGAAGAAAACGAGAAUGUAGUCACCAAGGUGACGGACUACAUCAACGCUCGCACGAUGGGCAAGAAUCCCUUCCGUCUGAUCCCCCCGGUCCUGCCUCUCACACCAGCCGAGCUGGAGAUGCAGUCGUCUUCAAAGUUCAUCAAGAUGGAGCCGUCGAGUUCCAUGGGAGGAUGCUUUCUGUCUGUCAUGAGUCGGGAGGAUGAGUCCAUGAGUGCCUCCGACGUCCUCGCCAGGGCGGCAGCCAAAGGUCUGUGUGCCCUGCCCGGCGCCAAGCCAACCCCAGCCAGAGGCGACGAAUCCAAACCCAAGAAGAAGACCUCCAAGACCUCUCAGAAGUUGCUGCCCAAGAGCGCCUCGGCCAAGAAGGAGAGGAAGGGGGCCAAGAUAGCCAAGAGUCCCACGCCGGACCACGCCUUCGGAGCCACGGUCAGAAGCCCCAGCCUGCUCGUCAAGAAGCCCAGCAGUAAGAGACUCCGACCCAUCAGAACUGCAAGUCUGAUGUUUGCCCACCACUUCACCAACACACCCACCACUGAGAGACAGCCCUACGGUGUCCCCAUGACCAAAGCGUCCCUAGUCAGAGUACAGCCUAAAGUAGAACUCAUACUGCCCCAUCAGGAGGCCCUCCAGCAUCCCAAGCCCUUCCUGUGAUUGGACAAAAAUGGCAGUCGUGGGCGUGGCUAUGCAAAAUACUACAUGCCCAUUGGCUGCUUGUGAUAAAUUGCGUCCCAUUUGUGCUAUUACGAUUGUAUAUAUUUGCAAAUUCAUGAGUUCAUUUACAUAUCCAUUUUCAUGCCACAGUGGGAGUGGUUAUGCAAAUUACACUCUCCAAUUUAAUUACUACAAUUUCUUAAAUUCUCUGAUUGGCCAGUGUGCUUGUAAAUAGUAAUUAUCAAAUGUAUUUAUUCAUUUUUUUUUUUUUUGUAAAUUAAAAAUUGAUUCCGUCCAUGAUUUUAAAA